CCCUGCAAUGACAAGAUUUGAGUUUGCGGAUGCAAGACGCCUGGCUUUCACCUGUCCCCGAAUCCUCUCCUAGGGCCCACCUGCUGCUUUGACCUUUGACCCCGAUGAGACAACAAGACGGGCAGGAAAGGGAGCAAGGUGUCAUAAAGUACUCCUUCGUACUUUAUUCUCAGACCCCUGGAGUGCGCAGCCGGCCCCGGCCCGGCCACCCGGCGCAGGCUCCAUGGAGCCGCUGAAGAACAUAUUCAGUCGCAGCUCGCUGACGAACUGGAAGAACCUGGACCAGGCCCAGAAGGGCAACUUCGUCAACCCCGUGUGGACGGCCCUGUUCGACUACGAGGCCUCCUGCAAGGAUGAGCUCACCUUGCGUAAGGGCGACCUGGUGGAGGUCCUCUCUCAGGACUCGGAGAUCUCUGGGGACGAGGGCUGGUGGGCGGGUAAGGUCAACAACAAGGUGGGCAUCUUCCCGUCCAACUACGGCUCCUUCAAGCCCAGCGGCUACGCCAAGCUCCCGGCCGCCAGCGUGGUGGAGGAGCUCAACCACGCCGUGGUGGGCAGCGUCGACCCCGAGGAGGUGGACUUCCGGGAGCUGAGCCUGGAGGAGGUGAUCGGCGUGGGGGGCUUCGGCAAGGUGUACCGCGGCACGUGGCGGGGCGAGCUGGUGGCGGUCAAGGCGGCCCGGCAAGACCCGGACGAGGACAUCAGCGUGACGGCGCAGAACGUGAGGCAGGAGGCCCACCUGUUCGCCAUGCUCACCCACCGGAACAUCAUCGCCCUGAAGGGCGUCUGCCUGCAGGAGCCCAACCUGUGCCUCAUCAUGGAGUACGCGUCGGGCGGGGCGCUGAGCCGGGCGCUGGCCGGCCGCCGCAUCCCGCCGCACAUCCUGGUCAACUGGGCCGUGCAGAUCGCCAGGGGGAUGCUGUACCUGCACAACGAGGCCAUCGUCCCCGUCAUCCACCGGGACCUCAAGUCCAACAACAUUCUGUUGGCCCAGCCCAUAGAGAACGAGUGCAUGGAGGGUCUGACCUUGAAGAUCACAGACUUCGGCCUGGCGAGAGAGUGGCACAAGACCACCAAGAUGAGCACGGCUGGCACCUACGCCUGGAUGGCUCCCGAGGUCAUCAAGUCCUCCACCUUCUCCAAGGGCAGCGACGUGUGGAGCUAUGGUGUCCUGCUGUGGGAGCUGCUAACGGGGGAGGCCCCCUACAGAGGGAUCGAUGGUCUUGCCGUUGCCUACGGAGUCGCUGUCAACAAGCUCACCCUGCCCAUCCCUUCCACCUGCCCCGAACCCUUCGCCCAGCUCAUGUCAGAAUGCUGGGACCAGGACCCUCACCGGAGACCUGACUUUUGCUCCAUCCUGACGCAGCUGACGGCCCUGGAGCAGCAGGUGAAGGAGGAGAUGCCGCAGGACUCCUUUCACUCGCUGCAGGACGACUGGAAGCUGGAGAUCCAGGACAUGUUUGAUGAGCUGCGGGCCAAAGAGAAGGAGCUGCGAUGCCGUGAAGAGGGAGCUGAAGCGAGCGGCUCUGGAAGCAGAAGUCCCACGAGGAGUUCCUGCGGCAGCGGCAGCAGCAGCAGCUGGCCCAAACCAGGAGAAGCCAACGUCAAGAAGCGGAAGGGCACCUGCAAGAAGCACCAAACUCAGAGCAAGAACGGCGAGAAGAUCAGCAUGCCGCAAGCUUCAGCUGAUGUGUCCUCUGCUCUAACAGAGUCCAACCAGGCACAGCAGCAGUUCCCAUCCAGUGUCUCAAUGCCUUCCAGCAGCAGCAGGGGCGCUAUGCGGUCGGCGGUGGUGGUGGUGCUGGGUGGGGGUGAUGAUGAGAGGGGAGAGUGA